UUUAGUCUCAUCACAUUCUCUCAUACUCCGAUACUCCCAAUUCAUCUUCUUCUUUUCUCAACUUUUCAACCAAAAAGCAAUGGCUUCAUUCAGGAAGAUAAUCCUCAAGAGUGCCGAUAAUGAGCGUUUCGAGGUUGACGAAAACGCAGCAAAGCUUUCUCAAACCAUCAAGAACUUGAUCGAAGACAUCGGUGUAAGCAACGAUCCAAUUCCGCUGCCUAAUGUGAGCUCAACAAUUCUGUCAAAGAUAAUCGAGUACUGCAACAAACAUGUCGAGGAAGAGAAUAAGGCUGAAUCCGAAACCCCGAACAAUGAUGAUCUCAAACAAUGGGAUGCGGACUUCCUCAAAGUCGACCAGAAUAUCCUCUUUGAUCUCAUUCUUGCUGCUAAUUACAUGGAAAUAAAGAGUUUGCUGGAUUUAACUUGUCAGUGUGUGGCGGAUAUGAUCAAGGGAAAGUCUCCCAAGCAGAUAAGGAAGCACUUCAAUAUCAAGAAUGAUUUCUCUCCGGAAGAAGAGGAAGAAGUUGGCAGAGAGAACCAGUGGGCUUUCGAGUAAUCUGAAGUAGCAAUGGACUUAACUGUUUAGAACAACUUCAUUUAAUUACCAGUCUCAAAUUGUGUUUCUAAAUAGUUUAAUUAUCCUGCUACAUUUGUUUGCUUAGUUCUGUAGCACAAACUAUGUUUACUGCUUUAUCAGUUUAUCUAAU